AUGGCAAAGAACAAGUCAUCUUCCUCAGCCACCUCAAAUGGUCGGUGUCGAUCGGCAUUCUUGCGUGCCCUGAUCGACCAGCCGCGUUGUCUGUGGAUUGACGAUAUGGUCACGCCAAAUACUUAUGAACGCCAUCUGCUGCUUGGGAACUGUGUCCAGAUCUCUCAUGUUGUUGGUGCAAACCAACACUCCCAUCUGAUCUGGGCCUUCGAAGGUAAUCCGGUAAUGAGGCUCGACGUUCGGGGGGAUAGCAUAAGGUCCCAUGACUUUAUCAGUUUACGAAUAUUAAAUGACAGUUACGACACAUCAUUCCUUGCAUCCUUACCACCUGCAUUAUUAGAAAGGAGUGAUCCUGACAAACAACAGAUCUCGUCAGAGCACUAG